AUGGCUGCGUCCACCCUGUCCGUCUGCUCCAGCGACCUGAGCUACGGCAGCCGUGUCUGCCUGCCCGGCUCCUGGGACUCCUGCCCCGACUCCUCCUGGCAGGUGGACGACUGCCCAGAGAGCUGCUGCGAGCCCCCCUGCUGCGCCGCCCCCUGCUGCGCCCCCAGCUGUUGCCAGUCCAGCAGCUGCACUCCCAGUGGCUGCACCCCAGCCUCCUGCCUGACCCUCAUCUGCACCCCGGUGAGCUGGGGGUCCAGCCCCUGCCAGUCAGCCUGCACCAGCUCCUGCCAGCCCCCCUGCUGCGAGCCCCCCUGCUGCACCUCCAGCUGUUGCCAGUCCAGCGGGUGCACCCUCCCCUGCCGUGCGCCCCCCUCCUGCCUGACCUUCAUCUGCACCCCCGCGAGCUGCGCGUCCAGCCCCUGCCAAUCAGCCUGCACCAGCUCCUGCCAGCCCUCCUGCUGCAGCUCCUCCCCCUGCCAGGAAGCCUGCGGCGCGUCCGUCUGCUGCACCCCUGUCUGCUGCAAGCCCGUCUGCUGCACCCCUGUCUGCUGCACCCCUGUCUGCUGCAAGCCCCUUGGCUGCACCCCUGUCUGCUGCAAGACCUCCCCCUGCUCAGCCCCCUCCUGCAGCUGGCCCAGCCCCUGCUCCUCGUCCUGCUGCAGGCCUUCCUCCUGCGUGUCCCUGCUCUGCCAGCCCGUGUGCAGGCCCGCCUGCUGCGUGCCCGCGUCCUCCUGCCAGCCCAGCUGCUGCCGCCGGGCCUCCUGCGUGUCCCUGCUCUGCCGGCCCGUGGGCUCCCGCCAGGCCUGCUGCGUGCCCGCCUCGGCCCAGAAGUCCUGCUGCUGA